AUCGAUCACAGUUUCAAACCGUGUUCCUUGCGUAAAAAUGGUGACGUUCUGACGACUUGUUCUGUGUCUGCUAGCAAUGCCUUGCUGCUAAGCCGUGAAUUUGAAAGUAAAAUCUUUGCUAGCCGAGUUAGCUAGCCUGCUAGCCGCUAAACAUUAGCGUAACACUGCAGCGGGGUGAAGGAGCGGGUCUUAUCCGUCAUGAAGGAGAUCUUCAGCGGUGUAUGUGCGGCAGGAUUCAUUAUUAUACUGAUCUCACUGGCUGAAGGGGACAGAGGGUAUUCCUAUGCAGAUUGCACAUACGCAAAGCCAGACUAUGCCUCCACCUACUAUGGGGGGCGGUGCUUCUGCUACACCAGUCCUGCAAUUAAAUGGAAAGACUACUGGUCCACUUUCCAGGUCCAGGUGUCAAGUAAGGAGAACGUGGUGAUCGAGUAUCCGAUGGAACUCCGAGCCUGCCACGACACCAAGAACCUUCUGAAGCUGGCGACAUGUGCGAUGGAGCACUACUGGCCCUCGAGGGUUCAGAAGGAGCAGGCGGUGGACAUCCCGCUGGUGGAGGAGGAGGUGUUUUUCAUGGUCAGGUCUCCCAGAGCCAGCGCUGAGUACACACUCCACGUCUCCAAACAGAGGUUUAACAGAAUGAGGUUUUUCCUCUUCAUCUCCGGACUCACGCUCUUCUUCUUCGCCGAAGCCAUAUGCAGGAGCUCGUUAUUUUUCUACAUCUCGGGUGUUUCGCUGGGAAUAAUCUCCAUUUUUGUGUUCCUGCUUCUGGUCCUGAAAAAAUUCAUACCAUCGCGUGGACUUUUCCUGCUGCUGUUCGGGGCCAGCUCCAGCCUCUCAUACCUCGCCCUCCAGAAGCUGAUAAACGAUGAGAUCGUGACGCUGUACUGGAGAGAGCUGCUAGGUUACGUGCUGGUGUCAGGCGUGGUGAGUUUGACCCUGUGUUACCGCCUGGGACCGGUCACUAGCAGGCGCACUCUGGGCGUGACGGCGUGGGCGCUGCAGGCUGUAGGCGUGUUGGUGGCGUGUCACGGCCUCACGUACGCUCCCGUCUCCUGGAUCCUGCUGGCGGUUCUGCUCUCCUUCAUGACCCUGCCUCUGCUGUUCACACUCACCCUGCUGGUCUGGAGACAAACCUGCUGGCUUCUAUCGACGAUCCUGAGUCUGUUCCAGAGGAGGAGAUCCUCUCAGUGCAGGCUUCUGACGGAAGAGGAGUAUCGAGAGCAGGCGGAGAAACACACCAGGUCUUCUCUGGAGGAGCUGAGGAGGCAUUGCAGUAAUCCUGGGUUUCCUGCAUGGGACACGGUGCUGAGACUCCGCACUCCACACGGCUUCGCAGAGUUCCUGCGUAGCGGCGCUCACGUCACUCCUGCAGAGCUGCUGAGCCACGAGCAGAGCUACGGCUUCGGAGCCCAGCGAGACGAAAACACGGCCCUGGACUCGACACACACAACGGCAACGUCGGAGGACUUCAGCGACGACGAAACCCACUCGUCCACACACCAACCUCCUAACCAGAGCCCUUUUACCUCUCCUCCUUCCCUUUCGACACUUUGUUCUCUACUUCCUGCCCUGCCCUCACCUCCUGCCUACACAGCCUCCAUCUGCCCCUACCCUCCCACGCCCUACCCCCCGCCCCCUGAGCGCCCGCUAACAGACGACGACGAGCCCUUCUGACCCCGCACGACAUCAUCCCGUCUACAAAGUUUCUCUACUUUUAUUUUCUACUUUAAAUCAUUUUAACUGGAAAACCGUUUUUAAAUGUGAACUUUUAUAUAGACGGAAAAAAAAACCGAGCGAUUCACGAGGGCUUUCAAUCAAGAUUCAGGGAAACACUGCCCUCUAGGGUCUGUGAGAUGUCAUCACCGUGCACACGAAGCUGUUAAGAAAUUUUAUUUUCAUCAUGUCCUAAUGUGCCAUCAUCCUCAUCAUGUGUAUUGUAAAAUAUUUUUUAUGAUUACUUCCUGUCCAUUUUAUAAUUUUCUCUGUGUUUUGAUCAGUUUCAUGCUUUAUUUAAUAAAUUACAAAGACACUA